AUGUGUGGAAUAUUCGCCUACUGCAACUUCUUGAAGGAAAAGGCGAGUCUUGUUUGCUUCUUUGCUCGUGAUGGACACGUACUUCCAGCAGCAUUUGGUGCCGGGCUGGGGCUGAUGGUCCGUCGUCAAGAGGUCCUUGAGAUCCUUUGUGGUGGUCUCGCCCGCCAGGAGUACCGAGGCUAUGACUCAGCUGGGCUGGGCAUUGAUGGUGACAAGCCUGGCGAGGUCGUUUUCUUCAAGGAGGUUGGAAAAGUAGCUGGUCUCCGAAAACAGAUUGCCGGAACCGUCAUGGAUUACAACAAAACCUUUGAUUCUCAAGUCUCCAUCGCACACACUCGGUGGGCAACGCACGGACCUCCUUCGCGUGUCAACUGCCAUCCCAUCCGCUCCGAUGAGAAGGCCGAUUUCAUUGUCGUUCACAACGGCAUCGUCACCAACAGCGGCGAGCUUCGCGCUGUCCUCCAAAAGCGUGGCUACGAAUUCGAGACCGAGACCGACACGGAAGCUGUUGCCAAGCUCCUGAAGUAUGUUUAUGAUUCGGCGUCUAAGCGCCUCUCUUUCACCGAUCUUGUCAAGUUGGUAUUGAUGGAGCUUGAGGGCUCCUUUGCAUUCGUUUUCAAGUCGACACACUUCCCCAACGAGGUCGUGACGGCCCGCCGUGGUUCCCCUCUUCUCAUCGGUGUUAAGACCGACAGGAAGCUCAAGGUCGACUUCGUUGAUGUUGAGUUCGCACGGGACCCUAGUCAAGCCUCCAUUCUCCAAGCUACCUCGCCCACCUCCAGCACCUCUUCCCUCGCACCUCCCACUGCCAAACCUGCCGCCCUUAGCCGACAGUCCCGUGGCUUCAUGUCGGAAGAUGGCCUUCCUCAACCCAUCGAAUUUUUCAUCGCUUCUGAUGCCGCUGCUGUUGUUGAGCACACCAAACGCGUUCUCUACCUCGAAGAUGACGACAUCGCCCACAUCGCUGAAGGAGAACUCCACAUUCACCGUCUCCGCCGCAAGGAGGAUGCCAACCAGACCCCUGGUCAGAUCGCUUCCACCCGAAGCAUCGAAACGCUCGAGAUCGAAAUCGCUGCCAUCAUGAAGGGCAAAUUUGACACCUUCAUGCAGAAGGAAAUAUAUGAGCAGCCAGAGUCUGUAGUCAACACCAUGCGUGGGCGUGUCAACUUUGACAGUAACAAGAUUACACUCGGUGGUUUACGCGAGUAUCUGCCCAUCAUACGUCGUGGCCGUAGAAUCGUCUUCAUCGCUUGUGGCACCAGCUAUCAUUCCUGCCUCGCUACUCGCGCCAUAUUCGAAGAGUUGACUGAGAUCCCCGUCAGUGUCGAGUUAGCUAGUGACUUUUUGGAUCGCAAGACGCCUAUCUUCAGAGAUGACAUUUGUAUCUUCUUGAGUCAAAGUGGCGAGACUGCGGACACGAUCUUGGCGUUGCGGUACUGUACGGAACGUGGGGCGCUCUGCGUCGGUGUUGUUAACACUGUCGGUUCCACCAUCUCUCGGGAGACCCACUGUGGUGUUCACAUUAAUGCCGGUCCUGAAGUCGGCGUUGCUUCCACAAAAGCGUAUACGUCUCAAUACAUCGCUUUGCUGAUGAUGGCUCUCCAACUUUCGGAAGAUCGUAUCUCUUUCACAGAACGUCGCAACCGGAUCAUUGACGGUCUCCAUGCCAUGCCUUCCCAGAUCAAGCGUGUACUGGAACUAGACUCCCAGCUUCAACAGCUGGCCAGCACGGUUGCCGACAACAAGAGUUUGUUGAUCAUGGGUAGAGGAUACCAAUACGCCACAUGUCUUGAGGGUGCCCUCAAAAUCAAGGAAAUCAGUUAUAUGCACUCUGAGGGUAUACUUGCUGGAGAGCUCAAGCAUGGCCCCCUGGCUCUGAUUGACGAGAACAUGCCCGUCAUCAUCAUAAUGACACAAGACUCCCUCUAUCCCAAGGUUCAGUCUGCAUUCGCACAGAUAACGGCCCGGAAGGCCCAGCCCAUCGUUCUUUGCACAGAAGACGACGAUGGUAUCCCCAAGGGUGCCAAGACGAUCCGUGUCCCGAAGACCACUGAUUGUCUACAGGGACUGUUAAAUAUCAUUCCCCUCCAGUUGCUCAGUUACCACCUGGCUGUGAAGAACGGAUGUGAUGUUGAUUUCCCCAGGAACUUGGCAAAAUCAGUCACUGUCGAAAAAUUACUGUACUUUAUGUCGCGGACUCUGGCAUGA